AUGUACACCAGAUCCAGUGAAACAGAGGGAACAGUAUGUAAACCAGAUCCAGUGAAACAGAGGGAACAAGGACACAGUUCGUACAUAAGUUUAAGUGAAACAGAGGGAGCAUUCAUCAGUUCUAGUGAAACAGAGGGAACAUUCAUCAGUUCAAGUGAAACAGAGGGAACAUUCAUCAGUUCUAGUGAAACAGAGGGAACAUUCAUCAGUUCAAGUGAAACAGAGGGAACAUUCAUCAGCUCAAGUGAAACAGAGGGAACAUUCAUCAGUUCAAGUGAAACAGAGGGCACAUUCAUCAGUUCAAGUGAAACAGAGGGAACAUUCAUCAGUUCAAGUGAAACAGAGGGCACAUUCAUCAGUUCAAGUGAAACAGAGGGAACAUUCAUCAGUUCAAGUGAAACAGAGGGCACAUUCAUCAGUUCAAGUGAAACAGAGGGAACAUUCAUCAGUUCAAGUGAAACAGAGGGAACAUUCAUCAGUUCUAGUGAAACAGAGGGCACAUUCAUCAGUUCAAGUGAAACAGAGGGCACAUUCAUCAGUUCUAGUGAAACAGAGGGAACAUUCAUCAGCUCAAGUGAAACAGAGGGAACAUUCAUCAGUUCAAGUGAAACAGAGGGAACAUUCAUCAGUUCAAGUGAAACAGAGGGAACAUUCAUCAGUUCAAGUGAAACAGAGGGCACAUUCAUCAGUUCUAGUGAAACAGAGGGAACAUUCAUCAUUUCUAGUGAAACAGAGGGAACAUUCAUCAGUUCAAGUGAAACAGAGGGAACAUUCAUCAGUUCAAGUGAAACAGAGGGAACAUUCAUCAGUUCAAGUGAAACAGAGGGAACAUUCAUCAGUUCAAGUGAAACAGAGGGCACAUUCAUCAGUUCAAGUGAAACAGAGGGCACAUUCAUCAGUUCAAGUGAAACAGAGGGAACAUUCAUCAGUUCAAGUGAAACAGAGGGAACAUUCAUCAGUUCUAGUGAAACAGAGGGCACAUUCAUCAGUUCAAGUGAAACAGAGGGCACAUUCAUCAGUUCUAGUGAAACAGAGGGAACAUUCAUCAUUUCAAGUGAAACAGAGGGAACAUUCAUCAGUUCAAGUGAAACAGAGGGAACAUUCAUCAGUUCUAGUGAAACAGAGGGAACAUUCAUCAGUUCAAGUGAAACAGAGGGCACAUUCAUCAGUUCUAGUGAAACAGAGGGAACAUUCAUCAGUUCAAGUGAAACAGAGGGAACAUUCAUCAGCUCAAGUGAAACAGAGGGAACAUUCAUCAGCUCAAGUGAAACAGAGGGAACAUUCAUCAGCUCAAGUGAAACAGAGGGAACAUUCAUCAGCUCAAGUGAAACAGAGGGAACAUUCAUCAGUUCUAGUGAAACAGAGGGAACAUUCAUCAGUUCAAGUGAAACAGAGGGAACAUUCAUCAGCUCAAGUGAAACAGAGGGAACAUUCAUCAGUUCAAGUGAAACAGAGGGAGCAUUCAUCAGUUCUAGUGAAACAGAGGGAACAUUCAUCAGUUCAAGUGAAACAGAGGGAACAUUCAUCAGCUCAAGUGAAACAGAGGGAACAUUCAUCAGUUCAAGUGAAACAGAGGGAACAUUCAUCAGUUCUAGUGAAACAGAGGGAUCAGAACGUAGACCAGAUCAAAUGAAACAAAGAGAACAGAAAGGACACAGUUCGUACAUAAGUUUAAGUGAAACAGAGGGAGCAUUCAUCAGUUCUAGUGAAACAGAGGGAACAUUCAUCAGUUCAAGUGAAACAGAGGGAACAUUCAUCAGUUCAAGUGAAACAGAGGGCACAUUCAUCAGUUCAAGUGAAACAGAGGGAACAUUCAUCAGUUCAAGUGAAACAGAGGGAACAUUCAUCAGUUCAAGUGAAACAGAGGGAACAUUCAUCAGCUCAAGUGAAACAGAGGGAACAUUCAUCAGUUCUAGUGAAACAGAGGCACCAGUUCGUACAUAA